CGUGACUUGCAGCGGGCACGCAGCGCUCGCGGUCGCUGCCGCUGCGUCCAUCCCUCAUUCUGAUUUGAACUCGCGCGCCGGUCGGUGCUGUGCUCGCCACACAACCCACAAGCACGUGGCCCAUAGUGCGUCCGUCACAUAACCUAUAACCUCAGGAAACAGCCAACAGUCUCGCACACGAGGUGUAUUCAGGAAAAUUACAAGAAAGGGCAGAGGUAAAAAGAAACCUUCAAAAUGGUGAUGGAAUCAAAUGGCGGGGUACCACCCCAGGAAUUGGAGACGUUCCUGUCUCCAGAGGAGAAGAGUAAAGAAAAAAUUGUCAAAACGUACAGCAUGACAAAAGAUGCAGAGGCGGCAGACUUCGACCCAUUCACAGAACGGAAGUUGGAGAACCCUACUUCAAACAUGGACACACUCACCCAUCUCCUGAAGGCAUCCCUGGGCACCGGUAUCCUGGCCAUGCCCAUGGCCUUCAAAAAUGCUGGAUUGGUCGCAGGCAUUUUCUUCACUAUUCUAGUAGCUGUUGUUUGCACACACUGCUCGUACGUACUGGUAAAGUGCGCCCACGUUCUGUACAAGAAGACCAGGAAAACUAACAUGACCUUCCCAGAAGUGGGCGAGGCGGCUCUCGCUAAUGGACCGGAGAGAUUACGAAGCUGGGCUUAUUCCUUUAGAGUGUUUAUCCUCGUGAGUCUCUUCGCGACCUACUUCGGAACCUGCUCAGUGUAUACAGUUAUCGUAGCCAAAAAUAUAUUACAGGUGGUGGCAUACUACAUGGACAAACAAGAUGAAGAGGUUGAAAUCAGGAUAUUCAUCAUCGCCCUCCUCUUACCCUUGAUCUUCAUGUCCUGGGUCCGCAAUCUAAAGUACCUCGCGCCUAUAUCUAUGAUCGCCAACGUCUUCAUGGGCCUCGGUCUUGGAAUCACUUUUUACUACCUCGUCGGGACUGGUGAACUGCAAACCGACAAUAUGAAGAACAUGCUCUUCAAGCCUCCUGCAGAAUGGGCUCAGUUCUUCUCACUAAGUAUUUUUGCCAUGGAAGCUAUUGGUGUGGUGAUGCCACUGGAAAACGCGAUGAAAACGCCCCGUGCUAUGCUUGGCCUUUGCGGAGUACUCAAUAAAGGAAUGUCGGGAGUUACACUGGUCUACAUUCUCCUUGGAUUCCUUGGGUAUCUUCGAUUCGGGGAGUCCGUCAGUGAUUCCAUUACCCUUGAUCUGGAUAAGACACUGAUCCCUGCCCAAAUCGUGAAGAUAGCUAUUGCUAUUGCAGUGUUCUGCACGUACGGGCUCCAGUUCUACGUGUGCAUAGAAAUCAUGUGGAACGGAAUCAAGGACAAGUUCACCAAGAGGCCGGACCUCGCCGACUACAUUAUGAGAACCAUCAUGGUGACCGUGUGUGUUCUGCUGGCCGUGGCUGUGCCAACCAUCGGCCCCUUCAUGGGCGUCAUCGGAGCCUUCUGCUUCUCCAUCCUCGGCCUCAUCGCCCCAGCCUUCAUCGAAGUCAUCACCUACUGGGACAUCGGCUUCGGCCCAGGCAAAUACCUCAUCUGGAAAAACAUACUCGUCCUCAUAUUCGGCUUGUUCGCCUUAAUAUUCGGUACCAAAGACGCCAUCAUCAAUAUCGCAAAGGAAUAUAGUUAAGUAACAAUCAUACAACGGACUUGUUUUAAGUCUAUGUUAACUAUAAGUGUGAUAAUUAAGAAUGUAUGGCUUAGCGACUUUUUAUACGAGUUACUUUAUAAAGUUUAUUAUAUUAGACCAAUUUUUUGCUAAAUACAAAUGGAUGAUAUGGACAUGGCACUGCGAUAAUAAUGGUGCUAUUUGUUGCGACGUUAUUAAUGCUUGCUCAUAAUUGUUCUGAACACAUUUCCAUAAGUAAAUGUGUGAAUAGUUUGAAGUAUGGGUAUUCUUGAAACUAAAAAAAAUUCGAUUGCAUUCCCAACUUAGAAAUGAAAAUCCGAGACACUGUACAACACGGUCUCAUGAUCAAAGAGAGUAUGUAUACAUAAUAUAGGUAAGUAGAUACCAUAAAUUAAUAGAUGGGAGUGCCAACAAUGCGCCCAGAGCGGUGUAAAAUAUGUCUGCUGAACAUCGCUUCAUCGCUUGCAAUGCGAUGACGAUGUGCCCUUUCCCUUAGUGAAACUUGGUACCUACUUACCUUUAUAGAAGUGAUAUCUUUUUAGAUACAAACGAGGAUUAAGAUAGGAAAUUUUUUACGAGUGUAUAGAAAAAGAGCAUGUGUAUUUUGAGCAAUUUUUAAGAAGUGAAUGAGGGUACGCAUUCAAUGUCAGUGUUAUCCGAAUUAUUUACUCUUAUAUUUUUUUAAAUAUAAUUACUUACACUAGACUUUAGGUCACAAUUAUAUAUUUAUAUACUGACCAAGAUCUAGUGAGAAUAAGGGUAUAAAACAGGAGUACAAGUCGAAGCGUACCGCGAAUGCGAGUGUGCAAGGGUUAUGUUGAACAAAUGCUUGUCAGUCAUUCAACACUAUCAAAGGAUUAUUAUCGUUGAUGACUGUUUUUGCAUUUAGUGUUUUUAAGCCGAGUUCUCUAUUAAAAACUAGCAUGCUGUCCCACAUUACAUGGGCAAAACGGUACCGUCGUUUAUGAGAUUAUAGCCUUCACCAAGCACCUACACUAAACAGCACAGUGAAAUCUCAAUGUAGAUAAAGUAGUGAUGUACAAACUCAUUAAUUUGUUGUUACAAUUUAACUUACAAUAAAAUACAUAUUGGGGAUAGUCGAAUAUGCCGAAUUCUUAAAAUUCGUGACCAUUUAAAAGGGGUUCGUUCUGGAGGUUUAUCAAUAUACAAGAUUAAGAGAAAAAGAUAACGCAUAACACAAAAAGACAAAAAAUUCAAUUAGUCAAGUUGAAUAGAAACUAAAAAUUAAAUACUAGUGCAUUUAUUUUAUUACGUAAGUAAUUCGAUUGUUCAAGCCGUCCUAAGAAUUUUCAGAAUUGGGCAUUUUUCGAGGUCGAGAAAAUCAGUUUUGCACGGUACUCGUAAGUACUCGUAAGUUAGGCGAAGAGGACCGAAUACUUAAAAAAAAUAAACUAACCAAAGUGAACAGUAUACGCCGUUACUAAAAUAGAAAACAAACAACUGCACGCAGGAAGAUUUAUUGAAGGCUACUGACAACGCCACGUGACUCUUUUGGCGGAAUUUUGGGCUGAGUCUGUUUAGGUUUGUUGUCGACACGACAAGAAGAAGAAAAUAGGUUUUUUCUUGUGUUCUUCACUGUUACUAGGGCAUUUUUUCUCAUAUCAACUUACAAAAGACAAAAAUAGUAAAAUAGAAAUUAUCACCAAUUUUAGAUUUUUUAACGUUUAGGCUCUUAUUUUUGAAAAUUAUAAACACUUUUUGUCCAUUUAAAAACAAAUGAACAAUGUUAUUCAUUAUUUAAAUAUUAGCGUUAUUUCGUUAUAUCCAGAAAUAUUGAUUGAACUCAUUUAUACAGCCUAUAGUUGACCUUUAGGUUCACAUCAGCCGCCGGCGGUUCAAGUGUACCUCUUACUGUAGUAGUAGACCUGUGUCAUCAAGCUGGUCGAUUUCCCUGUACAUACCAUUGUAGACAUAAUAUUUGUUGUCAUUAGCAUUAUUAUCAUCCAAAAUAAAUGUUAUUUGCGAACGUGACAGAUCAAUAUAAACAUUACCUAAUAGUGUGGGUAUUUCCUAUGAAGGAGUAAACCAACUUUUUAUUAAAUCCACUGCUAUUAUUGUGUAUGUACUAUCGGCAAGUGUUAACUACCCAUUGCCGGUCCUGUCAUCUGGUUCUAUCGCAAAGAAUCACCAUUUGAUGAGAGCGAGAGCAAAAACGGUAAUGGAGAGUUAGCACAGUGGCCGAUCCUACCUAAGCAAGAUCGCCAUUGUCAUUCCAUACAUUAUUUUAAGUAAUUAAGCGUCGAUAAAAAUGUGGAAAAUGUUUGUGUUGUAUAAAAGCCCGAAAGUAAUUUAUAUGAUGUAUUGUUAUGGUAGAAAUACAUUUUACUAUCAUGUUUUGUACAAAUCACAGUAUGUGGACACUUCUUACGAUUUGUCUAAAAAACUAAAGAAACACAAUCGUCUUGCUGUACCUAUCCACAAUCAAAAUAAAUCAAAUCUGUUUAAAAAUAAUGAUUAAUAUUUACGAUCUUUCCCCACAAGAUGCCAUCAGCAAAUACAUUAAUUAAGUUUAUUUAUGCAGUUUGCCUAUUUUUUGUUCUAACUUCAAGCGAUAAAAUUUCGCUUAACUGAGUAUACAUCAUGUACCCACAUAUA